GCGUUAUCUAAUGAAAAGCGGUAGCUUAGCGUUAACUAAUUUGUAUGCUAGCUAAGUGAAGUUAGCUACUACUGAAGACUCGACGACACCCCCCCCCCCCCAACAAAAAAAAAGAAAACCCAAACGUAAACCGGUGUUUAGUUUGCUUGUCGUUGUCUCCAAAUAUGCAGUCCGGUAUGAGGUGAGUGAAUAGGAAGCAUUAUUAGCAGGCUAACGUUAGCUCCUUACUUUACUGUGAGUCUCUUUGGAAAUAGCGGCUGUGUUUGCUAAAGCUGAAACAGUGGACUUCCUUUAACUGUAUUAAUAGGACGUAUGAAAUGUUCUGGUUGAAAACAUUUCGUAGCCUGUGCUUCGGGUCUCUCCAGUUUUAAACUCACUACGUUGACCUAUUUUGUCAUUACACAUGUAUGCAGACAUUGUACACUUUGGAACCACCGAAGCAAUGGAAAAAAUUCUGCGGAAAAUCCACCACGUUUUUUUGAAGCUCGCACUCUUCCCACGUACAUUUCGGACUAAACGUCCUCGGCCUCUUGCUUCAGAAGUGCUAACAUGCCAUCUUGCACAACGCAAACUCCCACCCUGGACCUCCUUCUGCGUGCGUUACAGCGCUGUGGUGAACGACCAAUUUGGCUUGUCCAACUUCAAUUGGAAAGUGCAGGGAGCCAACUACCAUAUUCUCAGGACGGGAGCUUUUCCCUUCAUCAAGUACCACUGUACCAAAGCACCUCCACAGAACCUUGACUUUGAGAACAAAUUCUUUGGUUUACUGAAAGUCAUCAAUCUAGGUAUUCCAUGUCUGGCAUAUGGCCUAGGCUCUUGGAUGGUAGUUCGGGUAACAGAAACUGUGCAAACGUCUGCAGGCCCAGUCACUGUUUAUUUUGCGUAUAAGGAGGUAGAUGGUGCACAGUACUAAUGCUGAACUGCAUAAUGCUGUUUGUGCCACAACUGAAACUUUGCAAAUUAUAUCAAUUACUUUCUUGCUAAAAUGACUUUCAAGCGCUAUUCAACAAGACAUUUAUAGUGAGGAUUUACAGUGCCAUAAUAAAGUUUUUAUUUAUUUUUUAUUUUUUGCAGCUUUGUCAAGUUUAAUAUUUUCAUGGUGUUUUUAUAUUGAAUCAAAAAUGUCAUGAUGCAUGAUGUCUGUCCAUACACUAGUGAAGUAGCAUGCAGUUGCUACAGUCUACCUAUUUUACUGUUUAAUUCUGCUCCCUUGCUAAUACAGAUUUUUAAAUACCUUCAGUUCAUUUAAGGUCAAAUUAGUGCUCACUCUCUGUCCAGCAUAUUGUCAAUAGGAAGCAAGAGGGAUUGUUGAGAGGACAGGCUUGAUAAAAUGGUUUUUAAUUACCAUAGAGUUAAUGUGGCCUUCGUUCAGUCUCCCAACCUAGCCCCUCCCUCAGUCACACUCAGCCUCUUUGAUUUCUGUGCUGUGCUGACUUGAUGCAGCCGUGACUCUCUGCUGCAGAGUCCAAGUUUCGCGUUCCCUCCAAGAUUGGUUUUGACAAACUGCCGCAUUGAUUCUCCCCACCUGUCUGCUGAACACAUUUAUCAAAGGCCUUGAUUUCCUGGCAUUUCUGCUGCCUCUCUUAGCCACAAUUAGGCUAAAUAAUAAUUUCAUGUAUUACAUGCAAAUCAAUGGACCCUUUGGCCCUAUCUUUUAGCAUGGGGUAAUUUUGAGGGACAGGAUAGAUUUGUGGGGCUACUUCUCACUUACAAUGGCUCUAUCUCUUCCUCUGCUCUUUCUUCCUGUGCCACUUUCUAAAUAUAAUUAGACCUAGAUUAAGCAGUUUUUAGCACAGAACUAAUGAUUUUUCUCAAUGAUAUAAAUACUAAAGUCAAUGAUCGGAUUUUAAAAAUUGUCUCCUUUAAAAAUGUUCUUUAUAGCUGAACAUUCUAUGUUUUCUUUUUUCUUACAUCAUAUUACCUGUUUCCUGUUGCUUUGUACAACAAAUCCAUCAGGGCAGCAUCUUGAUUGUGUCAUCAUUAGUGAGAAUAAAAGAUUUUAAUGGAAGUCAUUUAUGUGCCCAGUGUUAUCUGAUCAGUGGUGUCAGUCAGGAUGAAAGGCUCUUGAUUUCAGCUGUGAGCCACAAUCAAACGCCGCAAUUCUGCAUGAGGAGUGCUCAGGCUCGCACGUCUUAAUUCCUCAUUGACCCAUUGACCCAGAC